UUUGCACCUACAAGGGGAUGAGGUGAGCUACGUCAUUGAAACCUGACAUGAAGAGCCUCCUCCAGCAAACAGACCCCUUCUGAUGGACGCCUGGGCUGCAGUGGCCCCAGUCAAUAUGGCCAAUGUGCUGGCACUGCUGGAACACGUCCCUGCAUGUUCUCAGUGAGGACAGGGAAGGAAAGAGAGUCAGAGCGGCGGGGCUGUGGACGACGAUGGAUCGGAACCGCAGUCACUCCGUGAAGCUGAAUGAUGGACACUUCAUCCCAGUGCUUGGAUUAGGCACUUACGCUCCUGAUGCGAUUCCUAAGAGCGAGGCUGGCAAGGCGACCAAAGUGGCCAUUGAGGUAGGUUACCGACACAUUGAUGCAGCAUACCUGUAUCAAAAUGAGAAUGAGGUCGGAGAGGCCAUUCGAGAGAAGAUUGCAGAUGGUACCGUGAAGAGAGAGGACAUAUUCUACACCACCAAGCUUUGGGCUACUUUCUUUCGACCAGAAUUGGUUCAACCAGCGCUGGAAAGAUCUCUGAAGAAACUGCAACUGGACUAUGUGGAUCUCUUCCUUAUUCAUAUGCCAUGUGCUCUGAAGCCUGGGGAGGAAUUGCUGCCAGAGGAUGCAAGUGGGAAACUCAUAUUAGACACUGUGGACAUUCGUGACACAUGGGAGGCCCUGGAGAAGUGUAAAGACUUGGGUUUAGCCAAGUCCAUCGGAGUGUCCAAUUUCAAUCACAAGCAGCUGGAGAUGAUCCUGAACAAACCAGGGCUCAAGUACAAGCCCACCUGCAACCAGGUGGAAUGUCACGUUUAUCUCAAUCAGAGCAAACUCCUAGAGUUCUGCAAGUCCAAGGACAUUGUGCUAGUUGCCUACAGUGCUCUGGGAUCCCACAGAAACCCAAAGUGGGUGGACAGUAACAGCCCACAUCUGUUGGAGGAGCCAGUCUUGAAAGCCAUUGCCAAGAACCACCAUCGAAGCCCAGGCCAGGUGGCCCUGCGCUACCUGCUGCAGCGGGGCAUAGUGGUCCUGGCCAAGAGCUUCAAUGAGAAGAGAAUCAAAGAGAACUUCCAGGUGUUUGACUUUGAAUUGACUCCAGAGGACAUGAAAGGGAUCGACAGCCUCAACAGAAAUUUCCGAUACAGUAAAUUUGAAUUUAUUGCUAAUCACCCGUAUUACCCAUUUUUGGAAGAAUAUUGACCGUGAGCUAUCAAAUAUCACUACCAGAAGUUCCUGCUUCUAGGAUGUGUGAAGAGGAUGUCUGUAGAUGGCGGAGGAGAUUAGGAAGCAGUGUCUGUAGUUUCAGGUUGCUCUCUUUUCAUUUUUUCACUGAUAAAAUAACAAAGAUUUCAAAAUGA